UUUUCGUUUUUAUUUGAGAAAAUAUGAGCCAAAUACUGUUACAAAAAAGCAAAACUGCCAUUACCAACUCAUUUCCUGUAGUGGUCUCCCUGUGGAUGGGUUGGUAUUUAACCCUUUGUCGUCAUGUUCGCGUCAGGUCUUGAGAUAAGAGAGUGUUUCGCUUGUUUGAAGCGUCAUUCUGUCAAAGCCAACAUCAAUUCUACCUAAUCUCGCUUCUUGUUCUUCCAUUUGACUCGGUAAAGAAUACCAGAGACAUUUAAGGAAACACAGUCUUGGAAUUCAUUUUAGAAAUCAAUAAUCGAAUUAACUGAAUAUAAAUAUCAACCCAUACGUCGAUGGAAAGAAGGAACAAAGGCUUGAUGUCCUCACGCUGAAUUUGAUGGUCAUGGUGUCAUGGAGACUAUCCUCACAUCCUUGAAGGCUGGGGUACCACGUGACUCUCUUACUGGGCUGAGCUUGUAUUUUGGGGCGGAAGGACCAUCUACUGACCAAGCAAGAAGCUCUAGACGCGAUAAUUUUGGUGAUAAACUUCUUACACACUUGUCCUCGAAUCCAAGCAAGUUUGAAAAAGACCUUAGGAAUUUAGUACUAGAUUUGUAUUCAGACCACCGACCUGCUAACAAGGAACAAGGGCACCUUAUCGGUAUGGAUUCAAAUGGUGGCUCUUCUCUAGAGUUACCACACGAUAAGGGACCUCAGCAGGAACGCGGGGAAGUUAAUGAUUUGGACUCUUUUAGAGGGACUAUUUUAAGGUCAUCACUUGAGCCCCUUCAUGAAGAUGUCUUCAGCAACGAGACUUUAUGUUUUACAGGCCAAUCUUCAAGUGCGUCCUCUUUGCACGAAACAUCUCCUAUUUUACUGAAAUACCAAGAAACUGCUCUGGUUGAUAACUUUACCGAUAAAACCCAAAUGGUUCUGGCUAAACGUCAAGGACAGGCUUCCCCCUUAAUUGAGAAUGAAAGGAGAAGUAGCACGGGGGGUGAUGGCAGCGCAGAUGAAAUGCGUUUGAAAUCAUUUGAGGAACUGCAACAAAAUCUGCAAAAAUUUGAAAUGGCAGAAGCGUCAGAGUUGUUGCGUGACCGUCACGAAUCGAUGGAGUCACGCAGUUUUAGCGAUUCAGGGAUUUACCUAGAGUUUUUCUCGUCUGAUAAUGAAAUGAAUGCCGUCACUGACUCCAAGGGUAAUAGUGAUGGUAGCCAUGAUUGCAAGGAUGUCAUUGAUGGUAAAGAGAGUAAGAUACUCAUUUAUGAUGAUUCUAUGAAUGCAGUGAAUGAAAAUGAAGACGUGACAAAAUGCUAUCAAGAUCCCAGAUUCCAAGGUUCAAACCGUCCUGAAUUUCUCUCAACUGGUAAAUCUGUCAUGCUAAGUUCCACACCGAGGAAAGCUUCCUUUCUGCACGCUAGAUCUUUCCAGGGAGGCAUUAGCGAGUCAAGGGAUGGAACAUCUAGUGAGGAGAAUAUGCAGCUAGAGCUGGCAAACAUGGAGGGAAAGCUAGAGACCCUGACAUCAGAAUACCGUGGUGUUUUAGAAGAGAAAAAACAGCUCCAAGCAAGAAUAACAGCAAUAGAAAACAAGGUCGAGAAGGGAGAACAGAAGAAUGAAGGGAGCUCCAAUGAAGAGCAAACCAGAUUAGAAAACCUUCUCGAGAAAGAAUCCAAGCUAAAAAAGAAAAUUAUGGAAUUACAGCAAGAUAUAGAUGUGAAAGAUGGUCACAUCAAAGAUGCUGAAGAACGAGUGAGGAUUUCACAGGAAAACAUCGAGAAACUUCAAAGAACUCUUCAAAACCUUGAGACAGAGUUAACAGCUAAAACAGGUAAUGAAGAAGUGUUGAAGAAUGAAUUGUUAAACUUAAAGAAAUCUUUUAUUGAAGCGCAAGACUUACAUGAAGGACAGCUGAAGGAAAACCAACUUCUUCACUCAGAUGUGUCGACGCUAGUAAAGGCGAAGACAUGGCUGAUGAAACAACUGGAAAUAGAAAAAGAUUCGCACGUCAAAUUGGAACUGGAAAUAAGUGAAUCCAAAUCAACGGUCUUCUCGCAGAACAAACUCGUCGAACAGUUGAAAAUAGAUAAUGCUCGCACUUGUAAGCAGUUGACCGAAGCCCAAGAAAAUGCUAUUGUAGAGAAAGCAAGGAUAUUAAAACACCUAGAAAAAGUAGAAGAAGAGUUAGUACAUCAGGACUUCGCGUUCAAGCAAAUCCAAGCAGAGAAAGAAAGAGUUCAAAGAGAGCUGAAUGUUAAGAUUGAAUCCCUCCAGAAAGAAAAUGCUCUUCUGGAGAGCUUGGCGAGCUCAGCAAAGAAGCUCCAGGACGAACUAGAAAUAUUCAAAAACGAAACAAACACGAAAAUAGAUCUGUUAAAGAAAUUGAAGCAAGAGAAAGAUGAAGUCGAGCAACAUUUGAAAGUUGCUAGAAGUAUAAAUGAAGUUGGCGAGAAGAAAAUAAAAGCUUUGAAUCACAAACUAGAGAUGAAUGAGGACCAGCUGAGAACGGCUUUGAAUGAAAAACAAGCGAAGGAAAUAUAUAUCCAGGAACUCUUAAAAAAGAAUGAUGUGCUUGAAGAAAGCAUCAAGGAAGCAGAGGAGGAGAAAGAAGCACUAGAUAGCGCAGUACAGCUAUUAAGGGUCGAGUUAGACAAAGUGGAGCGGCGUUUUAAAAUGAUGAAACGCGAAUUAACAUCGAAAACAAAUCAACUCGAGGAAGUAACGAGGCAAAAAGACGGGUUCGUGAAUGAACUGCGGGUCUUGCGGGACGAGCUGGAAAAACACGCGUCGUUACUCGAGACUUUGCGGGACACUAUUCGUAUGCGGGAUGAAGCUAUGACUGCUCUUCACAGUGAUAAAGUGAAAAUACUUGCAGAGGUCCGUGCUUUAAGAGAUAGAUUAGAAAAUACGAAAACAAGUUGUGAACAAACCCAGAAAGAGAAAGAAGAGUUACGCGAAGAGCUUCAGAAUUCAAACAGUCAACUUUCCCAUUUAGAGAAAAGACUUCAUGAGUCUUGCUCACAGAAAGCAAAACUCGAAGGCGAACUGGAGUCAACUCAACGUGCUGCGAAAACCCAAGAAACAGUAUAUGAAACACAAACUGAAUCUCUGAAACAGGAGAUGAAUCAAAUCCAAACGAACUUACAGCACCAGGUCACACGUCACAGAGACGAAGCCAUAAACCUGAGACAAGAAGUGGAAUAUCUCAAGGCACAACAUCAGGAGAAAAAUAAGAAACAUAACAACGAAGUUUUAGAACUCAAGGGAAAGCUUUUACAGGCAGAAGAGAGUAAAACGCAUUUUGAGGCUGAUACGAGGAAGAAGUUUGAAGAGUUAUGUGAAUCUAGUGUGAGUGAAGCUAAAGAAAAUUUUGAAAAGAAACUAAGUGAAAAAGAAGGGGAUUUAUUUUCGACGAGGCAAGAGAAAGAAGAACUCUUUUUUAGAUUUACUGAACUAGAGGAGAGAGCAAAAAAUACAGCUAAUUUACAAAAAGAUAGAAUUGCAACCCUUGAAAAGGAGUUAGGAUUUGCAAGAAAAGUUUUGAGCGAGCAGCGAAAUGAAAUCGAAAAGCUUUCAAUGGUAUCCGUCGAGUUAGAAAGAGAAAAAGGACGGCUUGCAGGGCUGAUGACGAGCCAAAAAACUCUUAGGGAUCACUGCUCUAAGAUGGAGCAAUUUGCCGCCAGUAAGGAAUUAAAGAUUUCAGAGCUGAAUACUUCAGUAGAGAUUCUCCAAAGAGAUAAAGAUUUGCUGAGAAAAGAAUCGGAAAGGAAAAUAAGUUCGCUUGAAUCUUCACUCGCUGACAAUAAAAGUGUGGUUGAGGAAUUAAAACUGCGCUUGAAGUCACAGAGAAACCAAAAUUCCCAAUUAAGAGCAGGACUUGAUAAAAGUGAAGAAGAGAUGGAAAAAGUUAUGAAGGAGUUAACUUCAGCACGACUUGAUUUAGAAAAGACGAAUAAAAAGUACGAAAAAUGUGUUCAUGAUUUGAAUAACAGUGACGAGAGCCUUCGAGCCGUGAAAUCAAAUCUCCAAGAUUCAAAACUACUUACUUCUAGACUAGAGAAAGAGAAUGAGAUUCUUAAAGAGCAAGGAAAAGUUAAAGAUGAUCUUGCGGCUUCGACGCAGUGGAAAUUACAGCAGUGUCGUAAAGAACUGGAUUACGCAAAGGAACAGCUUCGAAUGUCCGAUGAACGACACCAAAUAGAAAUAGAGAAUCUAAAAACUGCAUGUCAAGUUGCAAAGAGUGAAGCUACGUAUCUGAGACGCGAGGUUGCAAUGGCUCGGAAAUCUAAAUGUGAAAACCAGGAAAAGUUUUUUACCUCAAGAGACGAGGUGCUAUUAACAAGACAAGAAGCUGAAUCUGUUAAACAAGAACUUUUCUCGGCCUCUCAGCAACUCAGAUACUUGAAGUCCGCCAUCUUGAAUGCACGUGACGUCACUGAGGUUCAGGAGUUUGUAAAAAACGAGGAGGAAUUGUCUUUCGUUUCUAUGGUAACAGCUGAAUCUGCCAAUCAGGAUGUGGCAUACUCUAAUAGCCCUAUCACAAGUCUUCGUGAAUGUAUGUCGUUACUAAGGAAUCAGAUUGCCAGUCUUCAAGAGCAGAUGAACGAACACACAGACUCAGUUUGCAGCACCGCUUCUUCCUGGAGGAGUUUUGAGAAGAAUGUUCAUAUCCUUCAAAAUGAUUGCGCAAUGCCUGCACAAAGAAAUCAACUUUCGCUUCCAGAAAAAGAUGUGAUGAAACCAUAACUUCAAAUCAGGUUUAUAAAUUUCUCCCUGGAACACCUCGAGCUUCGACUAUUUGUUAAACAUUUUUAUUUAGAAAAUUUCCCUUUUCUUGUACUAAAUUAUUACUUAUAUUGGACUAUUUAACUCGGCAUGUUAUUAAAGUACAAAAUGAUAUGAAUGGAUAAUACGCGUAUACAUCAAUACAAUUCUACAGUUGCUCAAGUCACAUCCGUAUAUCGAUUUCAAAAAAACGUCUAAGACCGAAUAGUUUCUUUUUAUUUAGAUUGGAGUAUGGAGCAUAUGACCUUUAAGUCAGAAAUGUGAUUUUGCGUAUUUUAUCCAGAAAACAUAAUGAAAUUGUCUGAGAUGGCUCAUAGCCAUUUCAGAUCUCCGACCGACGUUUUUUGAAAUAGGUGCAGACUCGUACCCAGUCGCUUCUCUUGUCUUAUUGAUUUCACGCUGUGGUUGAUGGGAAAGAUUUAGUGAGUCCCCGAAGUCACCGCGCGCAAAGAAAAAAAAAAGCGUGAAACAAAUGACGACUGGGUACGAGUCUGAAAUAGGUGCAUCAGAUCCGGACCACGCCCCUGGAACAAAGUGUGAUAACCAUAUGCAUGCUUAUCUCUUUUAUAGUCCAAAGGACUGAAAACAGUUUGUGAAUUUGGAUAAGUUUAUAGGCAAAAUAAAGAGAGCUAAUAGAGUUCAGCCGCAACUAAGGCCACGUUUACGUGAAGGUAGGUGAAGCUACUGCUCAGAUGGAUUAAUAUAUAUUUUUUGGUUUCCCUGGAAAAGAAAAACAAAAUACUUGUCCCUAGCACCAGGGUCAUACUACCUUCAUGUUAAUAGUCUCUCAGAAGGUAGGGUGACCCUAUUGCUAGGGCUAGUUCUGGUUUCUGGUCACCUUAAAGGUAAAACAACCGACUUGUCCCUAGCACCAGGGUCAUAAUACCUUCAUGUGAAUAGUCUCUCAGAAGGUAGGGUGAACCUACUGCUAGGGUUAGUUCUGGUUUCUGGUGUCACCUGGAGCCGAAGGAAAACAAAAAACUUGUCCUCAGCACCAAGCUCUUCAUCGUAAACAUGGCCUAAUGGAGGGGGAAAAUAUUUGAUGCUGAUGUUUUUAGUCGGAUUUUAAGAUUUUUUCUCUUUCUUUUGUCAUAUCAGCAAACAUGGCAGUCCUUUCUAUCCCCACCCCUAUCCCCUGGGGAAAUAAUAUCCUUCAAUCCUCCAUUUGAAAAAUCAUUUUGCAAAUACGAAGUCAAAUCCUAGGUGCAUCCUGUGUUUAGCCGUAAGCGUUUGGGUAUCCAUAAACACUGGGAGUAGCCGCUGGCUUUCUGCUUUCAAAUUUGAUGAGAGCAUCCAGGAGGUCGUCCCCAGUCCCUGACGGGGCUUGUUCGAGGGUAAUAUUCAGGUAUCUCUGGCGAAGGAUAAAAGCGGCAGCUUUUGGUUGCCUUUCUCUUGUUAGGAUCCCCUUUUUAUUGCCCACUACUCGAGUAAUUCCUGAAAAAAGAAGAGAAAUGUUUAUUAAAUGUUAUGUAAAUGUAA